CUCGUUUUCAUUGGUCGGUUGAAAGUAUCGUCGAAACGCCAUUUUCCAGGGAAUUCUCCGCUUCAAGGAGCAGGGAAAAUAAAGCCGCCGUAGGCAAUGCCUCCCUAGGGUACGCUGUACCUAGAGCUUCGCAUGCGGUCGCCCACGUGCGCCGCUGUCACUCUUGCCUUGCGCACUGAGAUAGUACACUGUAACUGAGAUGAACAGCUGUGGAAACGCUACGCCUGGGACCACUUUGUCUACUUCGCGCGUCGUGAUGCAUUCUUGCAAAUUUUGCGACAAGACUUUUUCUAAUCGUAGUAAUUUAAAAAAGCAUAUAAGAAAUCUUCACGGAGUAGCAGCUUUGCAGAAUUUCGUACAGGAGGAGGCAAAUAUACCCAGUAAGAAACGAACCCUCGCAUGUGAUUUGUGUCCCAAGAUUUUUGCAACGCUUCGUGGCUUGCGGCAACACCACGAGAGUGAGCAUAACUUCGAAGUGGAAGUGGAGACAUUGACGUUUGACACGUAUGCAGGUAAGAAACCUCGCUCGAUUAUACUUUCCAUAAGAAAAGAAAAUUCGCCAGGAGUGUUCAGGCGAUAUCUAAAUUGUCAUCGUUCCGGGACAUAUAUAGAACUCCCUACAAAGCUGUGCGAACGUCAGAUUAAAGUGCAAGGCAGCAGCAAAAUAGACAUACAUUGCUUUGCAAUGCUUGAGGUUACAGAAAGGGAUAACAAAGUCUUUGUAGUAUUUCAGAAGAACCACUAUGGACACCUGGAUGAGAUAGCUCAUCAGAGGCUCUUUGUGGCUGAGAAAAAAGUAAUUGCAGGUAGACUAGCAGAAGGAGUGCCACCGAAGACCAUUUUGCAAAAAAAUCAAGGCAGGCACAAGUGCAGCUAG